GGAACUCGCUGCCGAUUCUGUCCCGACUUGGGAGCCCAGGACUGCAGGGGACCGGUUGGCGUCCCAGAGCGGACGGGUCAUCAGGUUUCAAGAUGCUUCAAAUACACAGGAGCAACCUGACCCCACUAAGGGUCAGCCUCUCCAGAGCCCUUCACCACAAAGCUGUCAUGGCUCUCAGACGGGAGGAUGUCAACGCCUGGGAGAGAAGAGCGCCUCUGGCCCCCAAGCACAUCAAAGGGAUCACCAGUCUGGGCUACAAGGUCUUGAUACAGCCUUCCAAUCGGCGGGCCAUUCAUGAUAAGGAAUACGUCAAAGCUGGUGGCAUUCUUCAGGAGGACAUUUCCGAAGCUUGUCUAAUUUUGGGAGUUAAAAGACCUCCAGAGGAUAAACUAAUGCCCAAGAAAACUUAUGCAUUCUUCUCCCACACAAUAAAAGCUCAAGAGGCCAAUAUGAACUUGUUGGAUGAGAUUCUAAAACAGGAAAUCCGACUUAUUGAUUAUGAAAAAAUGGUGGAUCAUAGAGGGGUACGAAUAGUGGCAUUUGGACAGUGGGCCGGUGUGGCAGGGAUGAUCAACAUUUUACAUGGAAUGGGUUUAAGGCUCCUUGCUUUGGGACAUCACACACCUUUUAUGCAUCUUGGCAUGGCUCAUAACUACAGGAAUAGCAGCCAGGCUGUGCAAGCUGUCCGCGAUGCUGGCUAUGAAAUAUCUCUGGGUUUAAUGCCAAAGUCUAUAGGGCCCUUAACAUUUGUAUUCACAGGGACUGGUAAUGUAUCCAAGGGAGCCCAAGAAGUCUUUAAUGAACUGCCCUGUGAAUAUGUGGAGCCCCAUGAAUUAAAAGAAGUUUCCCAAACUGGAGACCUCAGGAAAGUGUAUGGGACGGUGUUAAGUCGACAUCAUCAUCUUGUCAGGAAAACAGAUGGUGUGUAUGACCCUGUAGAGUAUGACAAACAUCCUGAGCGGUACAUAAGUCGUUUUAAUACUGAUAUUGCACCUUAUACAACUUGUUUAAUUAAUGGAAUCUACUGGGAACAAAACACUCCUCGCCUAUUAACCCGCCACGAUGCUCAAAGUCUCUUGGCUCCAGUCAAGUCCUCAGUUGCUCCUGUUGAAGGCUGCCCUGCAUUACCUCACAGACUUGUGGCAAUAUGUGACAUUUCAGCGGACACAGGAGGAUCUAUAGAUUUCAUGACGGAGUGUACUACAAUAGAGCAUCCUUUUUGCAUGUAUGACGCUGACCAGCAUAUUAUUCAUGAUAGUGUUGAAGGCUCUGGGAUUCUGAUGUGUUCUAUUGACAAUUUGCCAGCACAACUUCCAAUUGAAGCUACAGAAUACUUUGGAGACAUGCUUUACCCUUAUGUUGAAGAAAUGUUAUUAUCGGAUGCAUCACAGCCUCUUGAAAGUCAAAAUUUUUCUCCUGUGGUGCGAGACGCAGUGAUCACAUCCAACGGUACAUUGACUGAUAAAUACAAAUAUAUCCAGAAACUUCGAGAGAGUAGAGAACGUGUUCAAUCAAUUUCAAUGAGUACCAAGAAAAAGGUCUUGGUUCUUGGAUCUGGCUACGUGUCUGAACCUGUGUUAGAAUACCUGUCAAGAGACAGAAACAUAGAAAUAACAGUAGGCUCUGACAUGAUGAAUCAAAUUAAACAGUUAAGCAAGAAAUAUAAUAUCAAUCCUGUUAGCAUGAACAUUUGUACACAAGAAGAAAAGUUGGGCUCCUUGGUGGCAACACAGGAUCUUGUCAUCAGCCUGUUGCCUUAUGUGUUGCAUCCUAUCGUGGCCAAGGCAUGUGUCGAAAGCAAAGUUAACAUGAUCACUGCAAGCUACAUCACACCAGCCCUAAAAGAACUGGAAAAGAGUGUGGAGGAUGCUGGAAUCACUGUCAUUGGUGAAUUGGGAUUGGACCCUGGGCUGGAUCACAUGUUGGCAAUGGAAACAAUUGAUAAGGCCAAAGAAGUGGGAGCCACGAUUGAAUCUUACAUUUCCUACUGUGGUGGGAUCCCAGCCCCUGAACAUUCAGACAACCCUUUGAGAUACAAAUUUAGCUGGAGUCCAGUGGGCGUUUUGAUGAAUAUCAUGCAGCCUGCCACCUAUCUGCUCAAUGGAAAGGUCGUGAAYGUCACAGGAGGGGUGUCCUUUUUGGACGCAGUCACUUCCAUGGAUUACUUCCCGGGACUGAAUCUGGAAGGGUAUCCCAAUAGAGACAGUACCAGAUACGCUGAGAUCUACGGCAUUCCGUCUGCCCACACGCUGCUGCGGGGGACACUGAGGUAUAAGGGAUAUUCCAAAGCUCUGAAUGGAUUUGUAAAACUGGGUCUGAUCAACAGAGAGGAAUAUCCUGCUCUUCGACCUGAGGCCAACCCUCUCACCUGGAAACAACUCCUCUGUGACCUAGUUGGAAUUUCACGCUCCUCCACGUGUGAUAUGCUUAAGGAAGCUGUCCUCAAGAAACUGGGAGGGGACAAAAGCCAGCUGGAGGCUGCUGAAUGGUUGGGCUUACUUGGGGAAGAUCAAGUCCCCCAGGCUGACUCCAUCGUGGACGCCCUCUCCAAGCAUUUGGCCUUGAAGCUCUCCUAUGGCCCUGAGGAAAAAGACAUGAUUGUGAUGAGAGACAGCUUUGGAAUCAGACAUCCUUCUGGACAUUUAGAAAAUAAAACUAUUGAUCUUGUGGUUUAUGGAGAUUGCAAUGGCUUUUCAGCAAUGGCUAAAACUGUGGGGUUACCCACUGCCAUGGCAGCCAAAAUGUUGCUUAAUGGUGAAAUUGAAGCCAAAGGCCUGAUGGGGCCCUUCUCCAAGGAGAUCUAUGGGCCCAUUUUGGAUCGGAUUAAAGCAGAAGGCAUUAUAUAUACUACACAGAGCACAAUCAAGCUAUAAUUGGGAAUUUUAUUGUUUUUAUCUUCCCAAACAACACAACUCUCAACGUUUGUGUGAUAAAUAUGAUUGUUAAUAUGCUAUUUUAUAAAGUAUAAAGCAUGAUAUAUUUUGAUUAAAUUAAUACAAUGGCUUUUGAAAUGCAAAUCUCUAUUUUAAAAUGAAAUUUUUUUAGAAUAGGAGAAUGUUUGUCAUUACCAGAGAAAUUUAGUAAUUCUACCAUGUACUUUUUCAUAUAUAUAUAUGUAAAAGUGAU